CUUUCCAGCGUAUUCUACGUGAAUCCAAUUAGAUUUCCGACACAUGUAAUCACAAUUUAAUGUUAUUACAGCACUUAGAUUCCAAUAGAAUCCUCUAUAGAAAAAAGAAAUCACUUUGAAAGAGAAUUGAGUUGAAGAAAAAUCAAGAAAUGGAUAAAAGCAGAGGUAAGAAGGUAAUGGUGGCGAUCGAUGAAAGCGAGUUCAGCCUCUAUGCUCUGGACUGGACCCUCCAGAAUCUUCGAGAAACUCUAGAAGAUUCCAAGCUCGUCAUCUUCACUGCUCAGUCCGUCUCCGAUUUCGGUUAUCUCUAUGCCUCAUCGUAUGGAGCUGCACCUAUUGAAUUAGUUAGUUCUGUGCAAGAACACAAUAAGAAGAUUGCUGAAGCUUUGUUGGAGAAAACCAAGGGCAUCUGUAGUCAAUAUGGGGUAACUGCCAUCACAGUUACAGAAGUCGGAGAGCCUAAAGAAGUUAUAUGUGAAGCAGUGGAAAAGCUCAAAAUAGAUUUACUUGUGGUUGGCAGCCACGGCCGCAGAGGUUUGCAGAGGGUUUUUCUUGGAAGUGUUAGCAACUAUUGUGUUCACAAUGCCAAAUGCCAUGUUCUAGUGGUCAAGAAAAAUGACUAAGGAGCCCUCUUGAUCUUGAAAGAGUUGAUAUCAUCUGUUAUCCAAAUAUACUGUUAAGAGUAGCUGCCAAUCUCACUCCGCCCUGAGCUAGCCUCAUAUUUACCACCGGAUAACGGGACAUGAAGUAGUCAUCUGCAGAAGUCAUACCUCAUUGUUGAUAUAUCAUGAUGUAGGAGAAGGAAUGAGUAAGUCUAGAACAUGACCUGUAUAUGUACCUUCAAGAACUGAGCCGUUAUUGACUCCUUUGUAUGCCCAGUCGCACGCUGCUUUUAUCCCUUCAGAUGCAUAUCUGCAGCAAUAAGUAACAGGCCUCCCAUGCCUUUGCUUGGCUCGCCCACACUGUCUGUUUCAAAAUCAAGAACUAGGACAUAUAACUACAGUAACUUGAAGAGGGAUGCAAGGAACAGAGUUCAUCCGGAGUGUCAAUGUAAUGAAGGGGUGACGACCAGUGGUAACGGAACCUAACUCGGUCAGCCCACGAGCACAAGCUACCGAGAUCAUUACCAGCAUAUGCAGGCAGCAGUUGGGACACAGCGUCGGCAGCAGCUUUGCUCAACCUCGGCUGCGACAAAGAGGGCACCCUUCAGGUCGUGCAACGACAUCGGAUAAAAGUACGAGAAUAGUCGCAACAAUAUGAAAGACAAUAUGAAAAGGUUGAAAUAAUUAACCUGAGCAAGUCUACAAGUAAUGAGAUGGCCAUCAACCCCCCAGCCAUGGGCAGCGGAGGUAAAACAUAUCAAAGUUGCAAAUGCUAGGAUGUGAACUUGGUAUAACUCCAUUUUGGUUUCUUUCUGCUUUAUCGAAACCUUACUAUUAGUGUUUGGAGAGAGUGUGAUCGAAUAUUUGUGGAGCAGCCUGUGUGAACUGUGAGAAAUAUUUCAACUAAUUAGUUAAAGGGACCUUUUUUCCGUUUUGAGUAA